AUGAUUAACGAGCCAGUGAAGUUGAAAGAUUUGGAAGCAGUACAAAUAAAGCACGGUAUUGGAUGGAUUGUUGCUGCAGUGUUUAUUGUAGCUGAUUUAGUUGGUGGUGGAGUCGUUGCAAUGCCUGCAGCCUUUGGUAUAACAUUGGGUAUUAUUUUUAUGUUUAUAAUCUGCUUUUUCUUUACUACAACUGGUUGGUUACUAGCGGAUACAUGGAUUAUUAUGUGUAAGCGUUUUCCUGAAUAUCGACUGCAUUGUCGUCAGCCAUAUCCUGAGAUGGGAUUAAUAAGCAUCGGUAAAUCGGCUGAAAUAGCAACAAAGUUAUUAGUACAUUCAACGCUUAUUGGUACUGCAAUUGUAUAUUUAUUAUUAUCAUCUAAAGUAUUCCAUAAUCUUUUGGGCAAUUUGGAGAUACAAUUCAGUUUUUGCUGGCUAAUAAUCAUUGUUGCAGUAUUAAUCUUACCUAUAACAUUUUUAAAAUCACCUGCUGACUAUUGGUGGGCUAUCGUUGCAGCCGUUGCUUGUACGGUUUUGGCUAUUACUUUAGUUUUUGUUGGUGUUAGUCUCGAUAUAAGUGUUUGUUAUACACAAGCAUAUCAUACGCCUGCAUCCUACGAUGCUGUUCUUAGUCUUGGCCUUUUUUUAUUUGCAUUCAAUGGGGUAGCACUUUUGUAUAUGCCACUUUCAAUCUUCGCAUUUAUUAUUUAUGGUAAUAGCAUCAAAAAUUCUGUCAUUGAUUCAAUGCAAACCACUUGGAUUCGUUACGUCGCAGAUCUUGCUAUUGCACUUCACUGCAUUCUAACAAUUAUCAUCACUGUUAAUCCACUGAAUCUUCAGCUUGAAGAAACUUUUCGCAUUCCACACAAAUUUGGAAUAAAACGAGUGGUAAGCCGAACAUUCUUAAUGGCAUUUAUUUUGUUUGUUGGCUUGACUAUUCCAAAUUUUGGUUCAGUAAUGGAUCUAUUUGGCAGUACAACGAUUCCAUGCACAUGCAUUAUCUUGCCAUCGUUGUUCAGCUUAUACAUUUGUGCCGCUACUUAUGAUGAAAAAACAAACACUUGGAUAAGACCUACUUUUAUUCAAAUUUUGCAAAGAACACCGAAGCUAAAGUUGAUUUAUUUAAUUGUCGUAAAUGCAAUAACAAUUAUAUGCGCAGUGAUCAGUACUAUAAUGGCGAUGAAACAAAUUUUAGGGACACAUUUUACAGCUCCAUGUUACGUGAUCCCAUUUAUAUCUAGCUUUACAGAACUUGAACAAGACGUAAUGAACUGUUGUGGUAGAUAUUUUAAUAUCAGUAGAGUUUCUGAUUUUACCUGCAAUAGAAAAAUUUUAAAUCAAACAUAA